AUGCGUUUCACUGGCUUCUUCACCCUUCUCGCGGCCAGCGCUGCCGUCGCGUUGCCUCAAGUCCCAGAGGGCGAGGAGACCACAACGGUGACUUCGACGACCACCCGCACCAUCACCCUCACCGAGUGCAACCCGACCUACACCGACUGCCCUCUGAACCGACCCUCAAGCACUGAGGUUGUUGCUGCCGAUAUCACCUCCGAGAUCUCCUCCGAGGUUGUCAUUCCCACCUCGGAACCUGUCGUUGAGGUCCCAUCGUCGUCACUGGCUCCGCUGCCGUCGUCGUCGUCGUCGUCGUCAUCCUACUUCUUCUCUGCUCCCGCCAACACGACCUCCUUCAUCUCCGUCGCCACCUCCUCCCUUCCCCUCAGCAGCCAGGCCGAAAGCACCGAGUCCGCUAGCCCUCCUCCCGUGGUCACGGAGACCCGGACUUCGGUCGUGCUUCCCGAUGCUCCGGAAGCCAGUGGCGAGCCCGUCGUGGUCCCGGAAAGCGGUGCUGCCGGCCUGUUUAUCCAGGGCACUCUGCUAGCCAGUGUGCUGGGCUUUACCGUCGUCGCUCUCUUCUGA